GUGGGGAAGGUGGGGAAAUCCUACUAUGUAGCCUCCAGUCGGGUCCGCCGGGAAUAUUGUCGCAAUAGGCUGGAGACCUAGAGGACCGGUUGCAUGAGAAGGAAUCUAAGGUUACCACGAGAGAGGGAUUUGGACAAGUGUAACGCUUGUAAGAUCAGUAGUAUGACAGCACCAUACUAGAUGCAUAUGAGCUGUCUGUUCGACCCUGAGUGGUGACAACCAUCCGGUAAAUGACGGAGGAUAAUCGCUACAAGCGAUCAACCCCAGAUCAGCCACUUAAGUACAAGAAGAUGUAUGUAUUUAAACUUAAUCCCCACGGGAUAAAGAUAUACGUCCACCCCAACUUUGGUCAGUCGUCCACACUGUCCGAAGCACAAAAUUCAAAUUACACGAUCAUCACUCAACAACCAAAGUGAAGAAAAAUGCGUCUGGCUUACUUUACGGUAUUCUUGGGCAUGACCCUUGCCAUUCCCAUGCCGCAAGUAUCUAUUCGCAAUCUUGACGCCGACGACCUUGUUCAUAACUCAUGGUCUGCAAGGGCCGUGGACCAAAGAGAGGCCGUAGCUGAUGCCGACGGCCUCGUCCACAACUCGUGGUCUGCAAGAACCGUAGAUCAGAGAGAGGCCGCACCCGAUGCAGAUGAUCUGGUACACAAUUCUUGGUCAGCCAAGAAUUAAGCGUGGCUUCCCGGUGGCUGUGGUUGGAAAAUAUAAAUGAGGAGAACGUGUUGCGAGACUGGGCUGAGGCCUGAACGAGCGGCAGCACGGGUGGAGGAACGGAGCAGGAAAAGUUUUACAAGGUCAAAACCUCUACCGAGCUUCACGAGCAAAUAUAAGUGGCCUAUCAACCAGAAGUACCAACCAAGUAAUCAUGAUAGCGAUCCACAUGUUGAAGAAAUGCAGGCUGUGUUCUUAAUCAUCUUACUGUGACAUCAGCCUUGGCAUCCUGAAUGUUGGCGCAUUCAUGCAGGCCAACUGUCGCAUCCUUGUGUUGCCGAACAUACGUGCAUCAAUCCAGGUCAUGC